AUGGCGAAUCCCAAGCUGAUUCUAGUAAUCGGUGGGACAGGCGCGCAGGGCGUGCCCGUCGUCAAAGCUCUUUCGAGUAGCAAUCGAUAUAACGUUAGAGUUCUGACUCGAAGUGCCGAAUCCACGCAGGCUAGAGAACUCUCUGCUUUGCCGAAUGUCACUCUUAUGGAAGGAAGUCAGGACCAGCAAAAAGACCUCCAUCGAGCCUUCGACGGCGUACAUGGUGCUUGGGUGAACACGGAUGGUUUCACUCUUGGCGAAAAGAGCGAGAUGUUCUAUGGCAUCAGGGCAUAUGAGAUCGCGAGGCAUCACGGAGUGAAACAUUUUGUGUGGGCAAACACAGACUAUGCGGUCAAGAAGGCGGGCUGGGAUGAAAAAUAUCAUUGGGGCCACAAUGAUGCAAAAGGUCGGAUCGGUGACCUAAUUCUCGGUCAUGGACAAGAGACUAUGAAAACGUCUUUGUUGACUACGGGACCUUACAUGGAUAUGUUGUUUGACGGGAUGUUCGUUCCAAAGGAACAAGCCGAUGGCUCAUUCAUUUGGGCAAAUCCAGCUCGGGAUGGCAAAAUCCCACUCAUAGCCCUCGCCGACGUGGGUAUUUACAGUCUGUGGAUAUUUGACAACCCUUCAGAGUCUGCAGGGUUAGAUUUGGAAGUUGCGACCGAGCAAGUCAGCUUCGCGCAGAUUGUUGAUACAUUCACACAAGUCACGGGAAAGAAAGCCGCACAUGUUUACGUACCACUCGAAGAUUACCUCCCUGUUGCUGAGCCAUAUCCCAAUGCUUGGGCCAACUGGGCUGCGGGACCAGACGUAGUUCGGGACGAAUCAUCGAUGACGUGGAGGCAGAAUUUUUCAGCUUGGUGGCAGUAUUGGAGUGAAGGCCUUGGGGCGACUAGGGACAUGGAACUUCUGGAUCGAAUUCAUCCCACACGUAUCCGCAGCCUUAAAGAUUGGAUGGAAAAAGUGGGUUACGACGGUAAGCCCAGGGGUGUGUUGAAAAAUCUUGGAGAUUUGAGAAAGGAUAAACUAGGGAGAUCUUGA